UCUACAAAAAAAAAAAUCUUUUCACCAUGGCGAGCCAUGCUUCGACUAGCAAAAAUUAUAAUAUGAAAGUAAUCGAUACCCUUUACAAUAAAAUACCAGCUUUUACUGAUCUAUUUGACGAAGAAACAUGGUAUACUUUUGUUGCUUGUUUCGUAGCAGGCACUUUUAUAAUUGCAUUUAUACUUUCAAGAUUUAUUACAUUACACCCAGUCGAUUAAAAAAUUCAUUCUAAUCUAAUGUUAUAUUCUUAUUCAUGCUUUAAAAAAUAUGUAAUAUAAAUAAACGAAUAUGUAAUACCGCAUCAAAUAAAUGUGGCAAUAAAAUCUUUGUAUCUAUAUCAUA